AUGGCAUUUUCCAAAUUCCGGCGAAUACUCACCUGUGGCUGUUACAAAGAUUCAGAGUCUGAAACAGAUAGCAAGACACCCCCAACUGGGAGUGGUAUUAGUGACGAAGAUGAACCGUUUAGUGGUUUGAGCGAGGUCGCUGCUCCGGUUCCGGUUGAGCGUACAACUGAAGAGGAAGAAGCGCGACACGAAUCACUCGAUAGCAAUAUCUCUCGCUCACAUUCGCACCCUCAUCUCUCCAACAAUUGA